AAGCCAUUUACCUUUAGCUGAGAUGGUAUAAAAUCCCAUCUGGAGUUGACUAAGUCGAGCCGUUAAGUCAGACGCAGGUUACCUGCUGAGGAGUUAUGACGAUCCUCUGACAAGCAGCGAGUCAAAGGUGUUCACCCGGUUAGAGCGUUACAGGAUGGCUUCGUUCAGUGCUCUGUUAUUGAUGGUGCCUGUUGCGUUGACCUGCACGCCUCAAAAAGCAGACUACGUUGUGGUGUCGUGUUUCCCAAACACAAUCAUUGCACACGUACCGGAGUGUCCCUACGGCUGGGAGAUAGACCAGCUGUCCUUGGGUGGAAUCUGUUACACUGGAACACACAGUCCAGGUUACUACCGCUUCAUCAUCCCUGACCUCACCCCCAAAAACCACUCAUACUGUGGAACGCAGUCUGAGUACAUGCCUGGCAAAGACCCAAAGUACGUCUUCCACAACUCCAUCGUUUCCAACGACACCUUGCUGACAGUCAGAAACCAGCCGGUCAACUACACCUUCAGCUGCAUGUACCGGGCGGCCUACCUGGUCAACAACGCCGUGUUCAGCCAGAGAGUGGCUACAGUUUAUGUCAACAAUGGGAGUUUAGGCACUUUUAGGUCACAGUUGUCUAUGAACGUGUUCACGAAUUCAAAGUUCCUGUACGUUAAGGACGCUCCCUAUGUGAUCGACACCUCUGAGAUUGGCUCUGAAGUCUUUAUCGGCAUUGAGGCAAAAGGUCUCAGUAACAGGUUUAAAGUUGUGAUAAACAACUGCUGGGCCACACCAACUCCUUAUUCAACAGAUAGGAAGAGGUGGAGUCUUAUCAUCAACAGCUGCUCUGCUGACAACACUGUGACCAUCUUCGAGAACGCCAAAGACAGCCGCUCCACGUUCAAAUUCAACUCUUUCCGCUUCCAAAGGCUGGAGAAGGUGUCCACUGUGUGGCUCCACUGUGAGGUCCAGGUCUGUGAUGGAGAGAGGCUUGUGUGCCAGCCAAGCCCAUGCACUGCAAGACGUUUGGCAGAGGAGGUCGAUCCCAUUGGGGGGGUCCUUACUGCUGAAUUUCAGGUUAAAGGUGCAGGAUCCUCCAAUAAAGGACACAUAGCAGGAAGUUCGCUUUUCAUCCUUAUUCUCGUCCUGAUGAACAUUUGGUGCCAUUCAACAAAUGUAUCAGAAAUGUUGUAAAAAGUAUCGUCAUUACAUGAACAGUGUGAAGACGGGGGGGAACGUCACAGAGGACUCAGGGAGCAUGUGAAGAAAAUCCUCCCCCCUGACUAAAAAUGACAGAUUUUCUCAUAAUUUUUUAAUCUAGUACAUUUUUUGUUCUUAAGAAAAUGCAAUGUUUUCCCUCCAGUCUUUCUUCAA